CGGAUAUGCAUGACACGCACGUGACCAGGCUGUUCCGAUAAUAUACUCUUAGAAGGAAAUGUAGGCUAUAUCCAUUGAGUAUUGAAUAUGAUUCAAAGAGUAUUUGUUAUCAUUUGUUUGCUUCCUCUGAAUCAAGCUGCACUGCCCUUGGUGAUCAACACUUGGCAAUUUAAGGAUGCAGCUAACGCAGCCUGGAGCACGCUGCAGAAGGGCGGCUCGGUUCUGGACGCGGUGGAGCGGGGCUGCGCACGGUGUGAGCUCGAGCAGUGUGAUGGCAGCGUGGGGUUCGGCGGGAGCCCGGAUGAGCGCGGAGAGACCACCCUGGACGCGAUGAUCAUGAAUGGAGACACAAUGGAAGUAGGGGCAGUGGCAGACCUACGCAGGGUCAAAAACGCUGUGGGUGUUGCCCGAGCUGUGAUGGAACACACAGAGCACACCUUUAUAGUGGGCGAAUCAGCCACGAUCUUUGCUGAAAAUAUGGGCUUCAUGUCUGAGGACUUGUCAACUAACAAAUCAAUAGCUAUUUUCUCCCAGUGGUUGCAGAAGAAUUGCCAGCCCAACUAUAGAAAGAAUGUUUUUCCAGACCCUUCCAAAUCAUGUGGGCCAUUCAAACCCAAAGCCAAGCCGUGGAAGCUGAAGCAUCCAAAGGGAAAUUUUGACCCCAGUUCUCAUGACACAAUUGGAAUGAUUGCGAUUGGUAAGAACGGACAGGUGGCUGCUGCAACAUCCACUAAUGGAGCAACACAUAAGAUACCAGGCCGUGUAGGUGACUCGCCAGUGGCUGGAGCAGGGGCUUAUGCCGAUAGCACAGCGGGGGGAGCGGCCGCCACAGGGGAUGGAGACAUCAUGAUGCGUUUCCUUCCUAGUUUUCUUGCUGUUGAUUUAAUGAGAAAUGGAGACCAACCCACUGUUGCCUGUAAGACGGCCAUCUCCAGAAUCAAGAAGUACUACCCCAAUUUCUUUGGAGCAAUGAUUUGUGCCAAUACUACUGGUGGAUAUGGUGCUGCUUGUAACAAACGUCCUGGGUUUAGCCAGUUCCCCUUUAUGGUGGUUAACCCACAGACAAACCAGUCUCAGUUGCAGGUGGUGGACUGCUUUUGAAUUACAAGCAUUUUGUUUUUACAUAUUUUUUAAAGUUUGUUAAUGCAUUAUUGAUUUGUAUAUGCCUUGUGAUCAAUGUUCACUUUGCACUACUUUAAAAUAAACUUGUAAUAUAUUUUAAAAAA